CAGGAAGCAGAACCAGGAUCCAGUGUAGCUUCCACUAAAUGACAGUCUCAACCACUGACAGGUGGCCGGUUGGAUUCCCUCAGUCACAGAUAUGCGCUCCAGGAACUGGCUUGGCUCAAGAACAGGCAGCUCCACUUGACACUCCCCGAUAAACUGAGCAGAUUAGCUGCUGCUGCGUGGAAGCUGGAGUUUAAAACCUGACAAACUUUCUCCAUAAAGAAGCUUAAAGAAUGGGGACAAAAAAACCCACGACCGACACGCCGACCUGAGAGCAGGAAUACGCCUUUAAGAGCUGCGUUUCCCCGACGUGUGAGCAGAAUGACAACCAGCUAGCUCGGGAAGCUAACGCUAGCCUAACGCUCUUGCAGCCUUGACGCCGCUACGUCCUCCUGCCGCCUGACGGGAAAAGGAAGGUAAACAUGGAGCCCCAGAAGAAGCUGAUCAACUCGGCGGAGCGCUGCGUGGACGAGGCUCUCUGCGGCCUGGUCAGGGCCUCCGGGGGCCUCUGUCUGCUGAAGGGCCACAGAGUGGUGCUGCGCUCAGACCUGGCCAGCCUGAAGGGCAAAGUGGGCCUGGUGUCUGGAGGCGGAUCGGGACACGAGCCAGCUCAUGGGGGUUACAUCGGUGCUGGUAUGCUGUCUGCAGCCGUGGCAGGAGGAGUGUUCGCCUCCCCGCCGCCCGCCAGCAUCCUGGCCGCCGUUCUCUCCUUACACCAAGCAGGAGCCUCGGGGGUCCUGCUCAUCGUGAAGAACUACACGGGGGACCGUCUGAACUUCGGCCUGGCGGCGGAGCAGGCCCGUCACCGCGGGGUCGACGUCGACAUGCUGAUCGUCGCGGAGGACUGCGCGUUCGACCGGCCCAGCAAGGCCGGCAGGAGAGGCCUGUGUGGCACCGUCUUCAUACACAAGCUUGCUGGGGCUUUGGCAGAAGAAGGCUGUUCACUGGACCAGAUCGUUUCCAAGAUGAGAGACGUUUUGAAAGGGAUCGGCACGCUGGGAGUGAGCCUGUCUCCAUGCAGCGUUCCAGGAUGCCUUCCAUCGUUCGACCUGCCGCCAGGAGCCAUGGAGCUGGGACUGGGAAUCCACGGAGAACCUGGAAUCAAGAGAUCAAAGGUGGCGUCUGCAGAUGAGGUGGUGAAGACCAUGAUCGAUCACAUGACCAACCCUGACAGCCAAUCACAUCUGCCGUUGAAAUCAGGGGACAGUGUUGUUUUGUGUGUGAACAACCUGGGAGCUCUGUCCUGCCUGGAGAUGGCUGUGGUCACCCGAGCCGCCAUCACCUGCCUGGAGAACCGUAAGGUGGUGGUUGCCAGGGUGAUGUCGGGGUCGUUCAUGACAUCACUGGAGAUGGCGGGAGUGUCGCUGACCCUGAUGAGGGCCGACCAGGAAGUACUGAGACUGUUUGACGCUAAGACCAGCGCCCCCGCCUGGCCGAACCUCAGCACUGCAUGUGUGAGCGGACGCAGCCACGUCGCUGAAGCUCCCGUCAUGAGCACGCGGCCACAGGACGACAAACACUCACAAGGGCCCCUGAGUCCUGUGAUGCGCACAGUUUUGGAAAGGAUUUGUUCCACUUUGCUGGAAAAGCAGGAGGAACUCAACUCUCUGGACCGGGCAUCCGGGGACGGAGACUGCGGCAACACUCACUCUCAGGCCGCCAGAGCCGUUCAAGACUGGCUCCAGGGUCACGUGGUUCCCGGCUGCCCGGGGCAACUGCUUCUGGUUCUGGCUGGACUGGUGGAGGAGAAGAUGGGUGGAUCUUCUGGAGCGCUGUACAGCCUGUUCCUCACCGCCGCCGCCGGUCAUCUGACUGAGGGGCGGAGCGGCGCCGCCGCCUGGGCCGCUGCAGUGCAUGCUGGGACACAAGCCAUGAGAAGGUAUGGAGGAGCUGACCCUGGAGACAGAACAAUGCUGGACGCUUUGUGUCCUGCUGCUGCUGAGCUCAUGAAGCUGACCGACGCACCGCCUGCUGGACAGAUGGCGGUACUACACGCUGCAGUGCAGAAAGCAGCGGCGGGCGCGGAGGCGACCCGCCACCUCACGGCCAGGGCCGGGCGGGCCAGCUACAUCGCCGCCGAGCGGGUCACGCUGCCCGACCCCGGCGCCGUGGCUGUAGCCGCCAUACUGGGCGUCGUCGUGGAGACGCUGGCGGAGCAGAAGUGAGGCUAAACUCAGGAUAUACCUAGAUCUACCACAAAAAGAUCCGCAGAGCUUUGAAAAACUGUUUUGUCUGGAUCUUUGCUUACAUUGAGUGGUGGUUAGACCUGGCAACUGUAUCCUAAUCAUUCUUUUUUUUUUUAUAAAAUAAAAUAUCUUAAUUGUGCCUUAAAAUACAAUAACACAACAUCAUCACAUGAGUUUUUAUUUUGCAUAAAAACUUUUUUUUUUCAUUCCUGUUGGGCUAGUUUUCGAGAUAAGUGAAAAUAAAUAGAAAAAAAAAUUAUUUUAUGUUAGGAAUCUUUGAAAAGAUUGCAUCAAAUACAGACACAAAUCUAACUAAUAAACUCUGAAUGCUAUGUAACCUUUAAAAAUUUGACUUUAGGUGCAUUAAAUAAAAACUGAAUGACCAUAUGUUAGAUUAUACGCUGCAAGUAAAAGUUUCUGCCUCAGUGAUGUUUAACGGCACAAAGUAUGAGACAUUCCAGCUCACUAUGAGAUCAUAAAAUACAUAAAUGCUCCUUUUUUAGAAAUAUGCACCAAGAAAACAUUUAAAAUUAGAUCUUUAUUCGCUCUGAGAACCUUUUUAGAGCAAGUUCACAGAAGAUUGGAAAAUAAAUUUGUUUGAGAUGACACCAGGCCAUCCGAAGAGUUCCCCAAAUUAGCGAAAAGCAGGAAUUUAACAGCUUACGUCUCUCGGUGAGAGACGUAAGACGUUUUUUGAUUUGCUGAGAUUUAAUCAGCUUUGUUGAUUUUGGUUUGCCGUUUUCUUUUUGCUUACCUUUUUGUUUAGUUGGGUCCAAGAUAACGUGAAGCUGCUCAACACGCACACCUACAUGUUGGAAAAGCUAAAACGGCUUCUUUUUUUUAAUCAUUGCUACGAUGUUUCUUUGAUUUUUCGUUUUCUUUUCAUUGGCACCUGCAUUUCCAUUUUCCAGUUGCUUUCAGACACUUUAUUGAAUUUUCAUAAUUUUUUUGUUUGUUAAAUUUGUUUAUGUUAACGUAAACAGAUACGUUUUGAUGUUAUUUCAGUAAUUUUACAUAGCUUAGGAAACUUUAUUGGAAGACAAACAGCAAAACCACACUGAAAUAUUGGUGUCUCCUUGGGAGUUUAAUCAAUAAAUUGUUCCGAUAACAUUCGAUCUCACUCAAAACUGUACGAUUUCCUCUAUGGUCACAUUUCAAAGAUAAUUUUACGCAGUUUAGCAUCAGUCGGCUGCAGUAGCGGUGACUCUCAUUACAGGUUAAAAUAUUCUUUUCAGGUUAAAUAUGAAAUGAUGCUCCUCAAAAUUCACUUAUUUUCUGUUUAUUUAGUCAAACACUGUGAUGUUGUUGUCGAUUGCACUAAUAAAUUAAAAAGAAAUUCCAUAAA